GGUGUCCUGAAAGAGUUAGCUGGUCCUCACACUCCAGAUCAAGGCCAUCCCGGGGCGGAGCUGCACUAUAGAGCUCGUCGUUUGGACGCUUUGGAUACGCGCUGCUUGCUGUAACAGAGUCGUGCCAUCUUGGAGGGCUGCUGUUGUUUAUUGAGACCUAAAUUCACCUUUCUGAUUGUGCGCCAUGGGAGCAGACAGCUCAGUGCAGCGGGACGGGAAGAGCCAGGAGGAUGCCUCAGCUGCAGCUUCAGCCUCCGACGGGGAGCUCAGUGCGGGGGUGAACGCGCUCCAGGAGGGAAGCAGCGUCAUUGACUGCAAGCCUUUGGUGAAAAAUGGACACAUCUCCAGCAUGACAAGUCUGAAUGGACACUCGGAGGACAACACGCUAGCAGAAGUCAGCCAGCCGGAUGGUGUGGCUCAGAAGGAGGAGGCGCCUGAGACUAUGGACACCAUCCAGGGUGAAGUGGCUCCUCAAGUGAACGGCGAGAAGGUGGAGAAAGAGUCUCCUGAUGCCAAUGACAUCUCCACUGUUGAGGAGAAAGCAGCAGAGGAAAAACCUGGUGAUGCCAAUGAAGUGGGUUUCAAGAAGAUCUUCCGCUUUGUGGGCUUUAAGUUCACAUUGAAGAAGGAAAAAAAUGAGGAGAAAGAACCUGUGAAGCUACUGACAGUCAAAGAUAAAGAAGAAGAGAGAGGAGAGGACGUUAGUGGGACUGAUGAAACUACAAAGGAGGAAGAGGCUGCCCCUGCUGAGGAGAAGAGCACAACUGAAGAAAAUGAGACCGAUACAGAGGCAGCUAGUGCUGAGGCUGAAGUCAUUAAAGACAAAGAUGAAUCCACUGAUGCCCCAGCUGAGGGGACUGCUGCUGAAGGUACUGAUGAAGCAGUCAAGGAGGAAGCAGCUGAGAAGGAAGGAGAGACCACCCUGUCCCCCUUUAGGAAGCUCUUCAGUGGAGGUCUCUUCUCUAACCUGAGGAAGAAAGCCAGCAUCAAGAAGACAAAAGAGGAGGAAGACAAGGAGGAGGAGACAGCUAAGAUGGAAGAAACUCCUUCUGCUGUGGAAGAAAAGGAUGAGGUUGAGCAAGAAACUAAGGAGGAUGCACCAGCAACUCCAGAGGAAGUGAAAUCAGAGACGACACCAGAGCCAGAGGACAUUGUUGAAACUCCUGCUGCUGAAACUACUGAUGAGACCAAACAGGAAGAGGAAAAGGUUGAAGCAAGUGCAGAAGAGGAGAAGGCUACAGUAAAGGUGACUUCUGAGGCUGAGCUGCUAUCAUCACAGGAGAAGGUGAAGUCCCAGGGAAGCCCCCUGAAGAAGCUUUUCCAUGGGGCUGGCUUGAAGAAGCUCUCAACUAAGAAACAGAAGAUCAAGAAGGACACUGAGACAAAGCUCACUGAGUCUGGGGAGCAGGCGGCUGAGCAGCUUCAAUCCUCUACUGAGUCAACAGAAGCUCCAAAAGGUGACAGUGGGCCCUCAUCUCCUGAGGAGUCAGGAGAGCAUGUUAUUGCUGUGGAGGUGACCCAGAAUGAGUCUAGCCAAGAGACUGAUGGUGAAGUUACUUCUGAUGGAGAGAAGAAAAAAGAGGGCAUCAUUGCUUGGUCCUCCUUCAAGAAACUAGUAACACCCAAGAAACGUGUAAAAAGGUCAUCUGAGAGCGAAGAUGAAGCCACAGGUGAGAAACCAGCAAAGUCAGCCACCCUGUCCUCUUCUGAGAGUGCUCCGUUACCAGACAAGAGUGUUGAGGAGGAGGCUAAGGAGGAUCAGCCAACUGAGGAAGAGACAAAGACUGAAAACACAGAGAAACUGGUCAGCAGCACCGAAGAGCCCAAAAAGAAAAUGGACACCUCUGUCUCCUGGGAGGCUUUAAUGUGUAUGGGUGGACCCAAAAAGAGGACCAGGAAGACCUCUGAUUCUGACGAUGAGGAGACCAAGGUUGAAGAGGAAUCUUCAGCAGCAACAGCUGUAGCGGUAGAAGGGGAGGAGGAGGUCAAAACUGAGGCUGCCAUUGUCACUUCCCAAAACUCAGAGAAUGAGGGAGAAGUUGUUUCCUCCCCUGAACCUUUGAGCCCUGUCCCUGAGAGAGAGUCCACCUGGGACACACUGAAACGUAUGGUUAUGCCAAAGAAUAAGGCCAAAGUUGAGGAAAAGCCUGAAGAGACUGCAGAACAAGUUCAGUCAGACAGUGAAGCACCAAAAGAUGAGUCUUCAUUCUCAUUGAGGAAGCUCUUCCCUGGACGCAGAAAGAAGAAGGCUGAAAAACAAGCCUCUAUUGAACAGGGUGAGGAGGACUCUGAAACCCCAGCUGUGGUUCCUCUCUCAGAGUAUGAAGACCAAGUUGAAGCUGAACAGGAAGCACCAGCAAAACCUUCUGAUGUCCAGAUUAUAGUAACCGCUGAAGAGAGAUCCCCUUCAUGGAUCCCAGCUGCUGUCGAAGACGGUGAUGACAAACAUGAUCAGCUGAGUGACAUUCCAGAGGAGGCUGAGAAUGCUGCCACGCCAAAGUCUAUUGACACUGACAUUGCAGAGGAUGAGGAUAAGGAUAAUCAGUCCCCCAAACCUCACGGACGCAUAACCCGCAGACUUUCCACAGCUGAGGUGAAGCCUUUUGCUCCAGCUCCAUCUGCAGAAACCACUCCUGUUCCUCAGGAAUCCCAGCCAGAGAGCGCAGUUGAGGUGAUGGAAGGCAUAGAGGCCCAAAUUAGUGAAAUUCCACCCCAGACAGAUGUGAUUAUUGAAGAUGUACCAAUAGAGGUAGCUUCUGAGAAAUCAGAGUAUGAAGCACCAGCUGAGAAUGUAGUGUCCAAGAAAAUUACAAUCCUCGAGCCACACACUUGUGAUGAGGCCAUGGCUAUCUGCACUGGCCUAGGAACCAAGGAGAUUGCCAAAGUAGCUCUGGAGAAACCAGCAAUGCCCCUUACAGAGUGUGUACCCGUAAUCCAUGAUAGUGUAAGCACAGAGGUGUCAGUGGAAGAGAAGCCAACAAGUACAGAGGAAGCCAUUGUUACAGAAGAUGCCGUGCUCAUGGCCCAAGUGCACCAAAUAGAGGUCACCGAGCUUGAGCCUGCUGUUGAAAGUUUACAGAGUGAAUUGUCAGACAUGCAAUCAGCCAGUAUGAGGCUUGAAACUGGGCUUGAUGAGGUUGGAAUUGUCAGCAUUCAGGAGUCUGAAAUCAUUCGGCCUGCCUCAAUGAGCGAGAACUCUCCUAAAACUGUUAUAGUGGAUCCCCUUACAUCAACCUCAGAAAAAGCUGUUUGCACCCAGAUCGCAGAAGUCACUGAGCUGACAAUAGAAACCAAGGAAGUGGAAGUGGAUGUGGAGCAGCUUGCUGCCACUGAAAAAAAUACUGUAAAAGAUGUUCAGUAUGUCCCUGAGGAGAUAGCCUCCACCAUAUGUGAAAGCACAAAGACCACCAUCACAGAGGAGACCGAGCCAGCCAUCCUUAUAGUUGUACCAAGUGAGGAGAUUGUUAUUGCCGAAUCAGUGGUGCUUGUGGCCCCGGUCAGUGUGGCAUUAUCCGAGUCAGUUGACGAGAAAGUGGAGGAAAUCAAGGAAGAUGUCCAGCAGACCAGUGAAAUUGAGGCUCAGAGUAUGGUCAUUGCUCAGGCUGUCAUUCAGGAUGCCAUGGAUAAAGUUUCAGAAGACAAGCCUGAAUCCAAAGAGCCCACUACCCCAACACCAGUGCAGGCUAUAGCAACAACAGAGAAGGAGAUUGAGAUCCCAACAGAGACCCCUGUUAUCUCUGACACUCCUGUUGCUGUUGUCUGCCAAAAAAUGGCAUCAAAGUCACCUAAACUGCUCCAUGUUGGCUUGGAGGUCAUUGACACAACCCUUAUAGAGGUUACAGAGAGUCUUGACGCCUCUGUAGAGGAAAAGAAAACAGAAGAAGGUUUGAAGAAAGAUGUGGAGGUAAAAGCAAGUGAAGAAACCGUCGUAGUAGAAGAAGUGGUGGAGAUAAAGGCAGAGAGUCAGACAGUGGAGGAGCUUGAACAGGUCAAGGAGGAACAGAGCAAAGAAGACACAGAGGUUCAGGAACCAGUGGUCAAAGAAGCAGCUGAAGAAGUGGAACCACAAUCAGAGGAAGAUAAGUCAGAGGCCCCUUCAGAGCAGAACAAAGAGAAAGUGCUUGAGGUUCACAUGCCAGUCCAAGUUGUCCUGCAAACAGCGCAGGUGUUUGAGGAACCGUCAGUGGAAGAAGAGGCCGCGGUAGAGUUUGAUAGUAACGGUCCUGUUGCUAAAGACACCGGCGUAAAAGCUAAGAAGUUCGCAACUGAAAACAAACUCUCUGCGCUGUCAGAAGAACCCCAAGUGACAGCUUCAGCAGAGGUUUCCACUCCCAGCCAAGACGCAGAGGCAGAGGCACCAGAAACAUCAUCGGCAAAGUGUGCGGAGGUGAUGGCGCAGGUGAUCGAGGUGAUCGAGGAGGCUGUGAAGGAGAUCGAGCCUGUGUCCACAGAGAUCACAGCAGCAUCAUGAGCAGCUGAAGGUACAAGACUGAUGCCUGGGAGACACACCGUCUGGACCAGGAAGUGAGUGAUGAGGGAGAGAGAGAGAAAGAGAAAGAGAAAGAGAGAGAGGCUGCUGUGUGGUAACACACUGAGACUGGGCUCCACCCAUCCCGCCCAGAGAGACUGAGUGACUGAGCAACAGCUCCGCCAUUCUCUCCACCUCCCCUUCCACCUGUACUCCAACCCCAUCCUGCAGCCCUGUCACCUCAAACCGUGACGACCUACCACCAUAUCCUCACCCACUCACUCUCAUACACACACUAAAGCAUGUCCUGGCUUGUAAUCAGUGUGAUGUGUGUUUAGUGUCUCUGUGACUUUCCAUUGCCCUUGCUGCAUAAGAUGAGAGUCUGCAACCUGGUCUAGUGCAUAUCUGUUCAUAUGUGUGUGCGCGUGUGUUUGUAUGUGUAUAGUACGGAGAGUAAGAUGGUGUCAGAAGGCGAAGAGAUGGAGGAUUAUUAUCUUGUAUAUUGUAUUUAUAUCUUGAGUAUUCUUUCAGUCACCCCUAUUUUUUUUUGUUUGGAUAUUGUUGCUUUAUUGUUUUUAAAAUUCCCCCAUUAUACUGUGAUACAUGUGGUAUUCUUUUGAGCAACAGUACAACUGUAAAUUUAACGGUUGAUGCAGAGAAACAUCUAGAAAGUACAAUUGAACAAAUGUGAGACUGUUGCAUAUAAGUGGCCGAUGUAUCACAGCUUUUAAUAGUCAUAUUCAAUGAUUAUUUCAAGAAUCUGUUGCAGUUCUAACUAAACCAUGGUACAAGUGCCACUGACAGUAUGUGACACUGACUGAAGAAAAACAACAAGAGGUUCAGAGACUAUGAUGAUCUCUACCAGAAAUGCUUUUCACACAUUCUCUUGUCACAAUGUGUUCUCACUCUGCACUCUGCACUCCAACAAAAUACUUAAUAAGCUUCAUGUAGAUAAGACAAACACUCACUGCCUGAUGUACUGUGAAAAAGACAUUGUUAUACAUUGUUUCAUGUAAUAAUACAAUAAAAUACUUAUAUAACACCUUCAUUUGAUCAUGUGGCAGAGGUAUUUGAUAAACAGUGACGUGCAAUACAAUACACAUUUUUUGACACUGGAAGAGUCAGACACUUUCGAAGGAUAUCACAUUGUGUAAAGGCCAUGUUACUGAGUUAAUGUGUGACAUACUGUAUGUAUCAUGUGUGUGUAGCAAGUAAACAUUUAACACCUCCUUACUACACUAUAUUUAUACUUCUUGAUGAAAAGACAGUAUGUUGAUGCCCUCUGUUGCCAACACAAAGUAGUACACCCUUUAGUCUUCAGUCAUUGGCGUCAUUUUGGCUUCAACUGUAUGUUUUAACAAGAGUGAUGAAGUCUGAAAACCAUGUUCUUCACUCAGCAUGAUGGCUCAGGCUUUAGUUGGGGAUUUAGAGAGGCACAGACACUGACUGCAUGGUACCUGAAGUAAAACUAAAAUCACAUUUUACUCCUAAUUGAGUUAGGAUCAAUCAGCAAGUCAUGGUUUUUCCAUUGCUCACAGGAUAAGACAUCAGUUGCAUCCAAUUAAAAUCCCAAAGCAUCUAGGCUGCUAUUGUUAGUCACGCAUCAAACCUAAGUCACAAGCUCAGGCCUUAUUUAGCGAGUUCAUUGGCAAAGUAGGAGAUGUUUUCACGUUGAGGAAGAUCUCAAACAUUUCUGGAGUCCAGUUUUACCACCAAAGCAAACGUGUGACCAUGUGUUACACUGGUAUUUUUUUGUCCUACCAAAUUUGGCAAACUUGCACUGUGUCAAUCCUUUAGACAUAUUGAGAAUGAACUGCAAGAUUUUCUUUAAUCCACUAAUUUAAAUCUGACACGAGCAGCUCUAGAGGCUCACAUUUCACUCAGCUUUAUGACCAAACGAGAGAAAGAUCAGGAAGUACAGACCCCUGUUAGGUCACCACUUCCCUAUACUUUGACCCCUAGAGGGUGUGCCACAUCCAUACAUGCUUUAUGUAAAAAGAAAAAAUGGUUUAAAAAAAAGACAGUGUGAGCUUAAGACUUUUGCUAUUGCUGCAUAAUGUAAAGUGUUUAGUUGGGGCACUCGCCCACUUCAGUCCUCCCUGCUUUUUGUAACACACUUAUCUGUGAAGCUGUUAACAUUUGUACAGAUUGUAUACCUACUGUAUGUACUGAAAAAUCAUAUUGUUAUAUUGACUAAUAACCUGCAGCCAUUUAGCAUAAUAUUCAUGUAGCAUGGUCUUAAUGGUCUUUUAUAUUUCCAAGCUGUUAAUAGUAAGGAUACAGAAACUUGUCUAUAUUUCAUUCAAUAAAGGUAGAGAAAAUUGGUGUGUGCUUUG